ACAAAGACAGAAAGAGAAGAUCCUCAAGAACUUCAAAAUUCAGGCACAAACACUCUCAUUUCAACAAAAAACACAACACCAAACGAACCAGCUUCCUUUUAUCAGAUCUGUUCCGUUUCUUUUAACUCGUUGUCUCAGACUCAGUAUUUUUCUACUGAGUCAACUCGCUUUUCUCUUCAAACAGUCUAUAGUUCUAUCCGUGUCAUUCUCUUUAAGCUGCAUUGGACGAACCGAUCACAGAAAUGCUAGUUUUCCGGGGAAUUUCGCCGGAUUCCCGGUGACUAACUUGAUUUUCCGGCGACUGAAGAAUUUUUUAAAAGAUGUUCAAGUCAGCUAGAUGGAGAAAUGAUAAUAAGAACAAGAUCAAAACUGUAUUCAAAUUACAGUUUCAUGCAACUCAGGUAGCACAACUGAGUAAUGUAGAUACCUUGGUGAUAUCUGUGGUCCCUGGAGAUAUUGGAAAGCCAACAGCAAGGUUAGACAAGAGUAUAAUCCGAGAUAAAACUUGUCGGUGGGAAUAUCCAGUUUAUGAAACUGUCAAAUUCACUCAAGAUUCAAGAACUGGGAAGAUCAAUGACAGAAUUUACCAUUUCAUUGUCUCAACUGGAUCGUCGAGAAAUGGUUUAAUCGGUGAGGUUUCGAUUGAUCUUGCUAGUUAUGCUGAAUCUACUAAAGUUAAUACUGUUUCUCUUCCAUUGAAGAAUUCGAAAUCUAAUGCGGUUUUGCAUGUUUCAAUUCAGAGGCUUCAGGAUAACAUCUAUAGAGAUGUGGAGGAAACCGAAGAUACAAACAUUAAAACACCGAAUAGAUCUCUGAAUUCCCUCUUAAGCAAUGGUGAUGCCGAAGAAGGCGUUAAGAAUAAUUCUAAUGAAGAUAGACUGCCUAAUGAUGCUUCCCGCAGCUCGGAACUAAAUGGUGACUACAGAACAUCUAGUGGAUCUGACAUUACAAUGUCAAGUUCCGACAGCAGCUCUGGGAUCAAUACUCCUCGUGAACUUCAAUUCAGAAAUAAUUCCCUACAGGAUCCGACUAGCUUUGUAUCAUCUCAGAGCCCCAGAUUAGCUUCUCAUAGACCAACAGUAAAUGGUUCUGCAACAGUCCGAGAAGAGCAUCAACAAUCACAAUGGGAGUGGUCGGGGGAAUCUGAUCACGGAAUAAGUACGGAUGACUCUAUUAAUAGUUCGCAGGCUGCCUUGACACGAGAAAUGUCACAAGGCACUUCAGAUAUUGAGAUUGAAAAGCUCAAGGCUGAAAUUAUUGUUUUGUCUAGACAAGUAGAUUUGUCGGAUUUGGAAUUGCAGACUCUUCGGAAGCAAAUAGUUAAAGAGAGCAAAAGGGGGCAGGAUCUCACAAGAGAACUCAAGGGCUCGAAACAGGAAAGAGAUGCACUCAAGGCAGAAUGUGACAAGCUCAAAGCCUUUCAGAGACGCUCAGAGGAUUCAAAAAGCAAACCAAAGUCACAGUUUGACGGUGGUGAUCCACGGGCUCUUCUUGAUGAGAUCAGACAAGAACUGAAUCACGAGAAAGAAUUGAAUGCCAAUCUUCGAUUGCAAUUGCAAAAAACUCAGGAAGCAAAUGCUGAGCUGAUCCUUGCGGUAACAGAUCUAGAAGCGAUGCUGGAGCAGAAAAAGGGGGAUAUAGCUGAUCCUCCCAACAAACCAAAAUCCUCCGAGAAUCCUACAUUUAGAAGUGAGAGUGACGAUGAUGAAGAGCAGAAGGCGCUGGAAGAGCUCGUUAAGGAGCAUAAAGAUGCUAAGGAAGCAUACCUUUUGGAGCAAAAGGUUAUGGACCUCAGCAAUGAGAUAGAAAUCUAUAGGAGAGACAGAGAUGAGAUAGAGAUGCAAAUGGAGCAGCUUGCACUUGACUACGAGAUAUUAAAGCAGGAAAACCAUGACAUGUCGUAUAAAUUAGAGCAAUGUGAGCUGGAAGAAAAUCUGAAGAUGCAAUGUGAGUUCUCCUCUUCUUUUUCCAACAUCAGUGAACUAGAAUCCCAUAUUGAAAGCUUGGAAAUUGAACUCAAGAAACAGUCUGAAGAGCAUUCAAAUUCUUUGGUGGUCAUAAAUGAACUUAAAUCCCAGAUUGAGAGCUUGGAAAAUAAUCUCAAAAAGCAAACCAGAGAACACUCAGAUUCUUUGGUGACUGUGAAUGAACUCGAAGCCCAUAUCAAGAGUUUGGAGGACGAACUGGAGAAGCAAUCCGAAGAGUUUGAAGCUGAUCUAGAAGCUUUAACUCGUGCAAAAGUUGAGGAAGAGCAAAGAGCAAUCAGAGCCGAGGAUGCGUUAAGAAAGACAAGAUGGAAGAAUGCCGAUACAGCAGAGAAGAUACAGGAGGAAUUUAAGAGAUUGUCUGUGCAAAUGGCAUCAGCAUUUGAUGCAAAUGAAAAUGUGGCCAUGAAAGCACUGGCGGAAGCUAACGAACUGCGUAUACAAAAGAAUCAACUUGAAGAAAUGCUUCAGAAGGCAAAUGAAGAGAUCCAAUCCGUUAAGGAUUAUUAUGAGGCAAAAAUACAAGAUAUUUCCGACCAACUGAAUAUGAAAGUUACUCAAAUAGAACAGAUGAUGAUGGAAAUUGAUGACAAAUCCAGGAAGAUGGAACAUCAAAAGAAGAAUGAGGAAGAUCUAAAUGGAUCUUUCUCUAAGGAAAUUUUGAGGCUAAAGGGCGAGAUCAAAAAUCUCACAUUAGAAAACAAUAUCCUUUCUAAACAAGCAGAACAGAAAGAGAAUCUGCAAGUUGAAUUACAACAGUUGAAGUCGUCUUUUAAGCACUCCGAAAAUCUUGUACAAAAAGGCAAAAUAGAAAGAAAUGAACUUGCGAGUACACUAGCUUUGGCGAAGAAGGAAAUGGAGAAGUUGAUGAAGGAGUUAAAUGUAAUUGAAUCACUCAAGGAUGAGAAGGAGAUAGCAAUAGAUCUCUUACAGACGGAGGUGGAAACACUGAAAGCUCAAUGUGAUGAACUGAAACAUACUCUUUCUGAAGAUGAGUCGGAGAAUGAAAAACUUCGGAAGCAGGUUUUUCAGUUAAAGGGUGAGAUCAAGAAAAAAGAAGACACUAUCACCAUUAUUGACAAGAAGCUCAAAGAAAGCAACAAACGCACGGCAAUUUCUGAUAGCACGAAAAAUAAUCUCAGAAACAAGUCUUCUCCGGUACUUAAUGGCUCUAAAGAAGCUGCAAAUCUGAAAGAAAAAAUAAAAUUGCUUGAGAGCCGGAUAAAAUUGAAAGAAACUGCUUUAGAAACGUCGGAGAACUCAUUUUCGGAGAAGGAAAGAGAUCUUCUAAGCAAAAUUGAGGAGUUGGAGGACAGACUAGAAGAACUCAAUCAACACAAUGCAAUUCUACAUGACAAUCUAUGCCAAAAGUUACCGGAGGACACCAUUGGCAUAAUUUCAAAUGGUGGUUCAGUUGAAGAAAUUGGAAAUGAGUUAUUAAGUGAACUUGAAUCAUUAAAGGAGCAAAACUUAUCGAUGGAAAACGAACUGAAGGAAAUGCAAGAGAGAUAUUCAGAAAUAAGUCUAAAAUUUGCAGAGGUAGAAGGUGAAAGACAACAGCUUGUGAUGACAGUUCGGAACUUAAAGAAUGCCAAAAAGGGCUAAUAUUUUUUGUUUGUUUAUUUUUCAUGAUAUACAAAAUCUAUAUACUGUGUAUAGCUUAAAUGGCUGGAGAACUCACACGUAAAAUUCUUCAUGUGAGAGUUGAAUUAGGGUGAAUAAUCCGAUUUGUACAAAGUUAAGACAAAACUACUAGCAAUCUGAUUCUGAGUGUAGGUAAUUAAGGUUUUUCCAUUA